GAGAGACAAACUAAUUUGGUUUAUUCUGCUAUAAACUUACAGCUCGUCCUUUACAGAUAAAAUAGCCACUGUCAUUUACUUUUACAAUAGAGUAGAGAGUACAAUGAGGGGUGCAAAGGGUGACUUGGUAUCCACCGAGAGUUUCGCGUUAUUAAGCUUACCUGAUGAGGUCACGACUCAAAUCAUUGCUGUCCUUAGCCAGAUCGAUAUCCUUCUGCUAAUACAAGUAAAUAAACAUUUAUAUAGCUUGGGACUACCAAAGUUAUACCAUUCCAUCUAUCUCAAUAAUUCCACCAGUUGUACUCCAUUAGCAAUUUCGAGUGAGAUCAAUUAUCCAUUUCAUAUAAAGUAUACCAUCAUCAAUUGGAUCACGUUUUUUAUUCGACAAAUGGAGAACAAUCCAAAUAAAAACUUGGUCAAGGAAAUAGUAACCAAUUGCAUAGAGCCAGAUGACUUUAAAACCAUACAGGAAAUGUUUCCAAAGGUGAAUAUAACCAUUGAAUAUGAUAGUGAAUUAUAUAGGUUCAGGAGCCUUGAUUUGCUGAUGGUUAACGGUCUAGAGCUUACCUACGAGAAUGCUUUGUUUUUUGACGAAAAUAUAAGGGGCAAGAAUUAUUAUUCCAUUAAAGAAGUGGGUAUUAACGAAGAAUCCGAUCAUGAUUUAUUUGGGAUAAUCCCUGUAUUAAAAGGAUUGGAAUCGAUGCAUAUCACCUCGGUAUCAGAUAGAACAUUUACUUCGCUCAAAGAUGCAGGUGUAUCCAAGUUGGCAAUCAAAAGGUUAUUUUUACAAAAUUUCAUAACUCCAAAUAAUCCAGGAGACUUAUUCCGCGACUUAGAUGAGUAUUUCAACCUUGAGCUGCUUGAAACCUUUGGUUUUGAUUCGAAAUACGAUUCUUUAUUCCAGGACUUACAAUUGACUAUUCCUCGAUUGCUGAAUCUAAAACAUUUAUUCCUUCAUGGUAACAGAAAAUGUUGCUUUGAUGCUAGUAUGAUUUUACCCCGAGAUAGUUUGGAAUUCUUAUGUUUGCAUGAUAGUAAAGAAAAUGGUGAAUUCUUUGAUUAUGAUUCGCUUAUGACAAUUAUAAGUCGCCAAGAAAGCACAUUGACUAGUUUGUGUUUACAAUGCAAUAUUUAUCAUUAUAUGGGAUACGAAUGGGUAGAUCGGGUUUAUAAUUAUUUGCAUGAAGUUACAGAGAUUGACAACAGGCGGAAUAUCCAUUUAAUCAACCAGAUUCUAGCCAAGGGAACGAGAUUUCCUAAAUUGGACACCAUUAUUAUAAAUGAGAAAUACUAUUUCAUUAAAAGAAAUGGACCAGGCGAUAUAAAGAUUAAUACUAUUUAAAAGUAAAUUUUACCAUCUUCAUUGUUAUAGUUGGUUAUUGUUUUCUAUUUAUUGACAGAGGAUACGUAAUGGGGGGAUUGAUCAUAGAUAAAAAGAUCAUUUGGAAUUAGAGAGAAUGUUGUUUGUAUUAUAGUUUUAAUAAAGGUAAAUAUUUU